AGGAUAGUCAAUGGACUCAAUUGACCUCAUCAUUGGUUGUCGCUGAAUGCAACCUGAAUUUGUUUUACUUUUCGCUAAAUUUAUAUUAUAUCAGCCCCGCUUCCAAAGAUAAUGCAAUUUGCCCCGCUCGUCAAAUCUGCUGCGUUCCCCACUGGUGACACUGUUUGAUAUUAUGUCUUCCAACCCAGCGAAAUCACUCGGUGCGCUCGACGACGAUGACUAUGUCGCACAAGUCCUCGCACGCGAGGCGUGUGAUAGCUCCUUAAAAUACUCCGCACAAGGCUUGGAGGCGUAUAUGCCAAGAAGACCUACAGGCGCCGCCCCAAGACCAAACACCCGGUUUCUUCGAAAUAUUAUCAAGGAGACAGACAGCCAUAAUGCGGCUUUGAAACGGAAGGAAGAGAGAGAGGCGAGGGAGCGCAUGCGGCAACUGAGAAAUCAAGCAUCUACUUCAUCUCACGAUUCAAGCCAAGGGAAUCGUCGUCGGCGUGAUUAUUCUUCAAAAGAUCGACACUCGACGGAAACCAGGAAAGAGCGCGACCAAAGACACAGCUCUUAUCGGAGGAGACAUAGGAGUCGGUCGAGGUCCACAGAACGAGAUCACUUGCGCAGCAAUCGCAGGAGACACAAGGAUGAUGACACUGAAUAUAGCCGGCACUACGAGUCGAGUAGAAGUCGACGAUAUUGGUCAUCUUCACAAUCCAGAAGUCGAUCUCCACGGAAUGGUCGAAAAACAAGCUCGAGAAGUUACCGCCGGCACUACCGUACGCGUGAUGAAUCACAGCCACGCUCUCGAUCUCGAUCCGUCGAAAGGUCGGACAAGCGCAGACUUACAGACAGGGAGAGGGGGAGUCACCGCAGAGACCAUGAACGUCAUAGCCCCAAGAAGCACCCAUCGUCGCGCGAGGACCCAUUAAUACGUCUUCCAUCAACUAAUCGAGGUCAGCUAUCAGAGAGCGAGUCAGAUCCGCUAGAGGACCUUGUUGGACCACUACCACCAAAAGAGGAUGGCUCAAAUGAAUCUGCACCGAUCCGUUCACGUGGUCGAGGUGCUUAUAAACCUAAUAUGAGCAACAUUGAUGCUCAUUUCGCACCCGACUAUGACCCUGCUACAGACGUGCAGCCAGAAGAGGAUGACCUACAGUCCGGUAACCGACCCUCUCGUAGGCACGUUUCCGGCCUUAUGACUGGUGAUGAUGACUGGGAUUACGCCUUGGAAGCUAUUCGGGACCGUGCUCGUUGGAAGCAGAAAGGCGAAGAGAGGCUCCGAGAAGCUGGCUUCGGUACGGACUUCGUGGAGCGUUGGAAAAGCAAUACUGCCUCCAAGCCUGAAGCUGAUUCCGAAGGUAGACUGGAAAAUGUCAAAUGGUCCAAGAAAGGUGAAGGUCGGGAGUGGGACCGAGGUAAAUAUGUGGAUGAAGACGGACAUAUUGAUGUGAAAGCAUCCUGGUAGGUAGCCUCUAGCCUGACAGAAGAUGGUCGUGGGAUUAGCACGGUGUCAUAGCAUUACUCUUAUGGCCAUAUUCUAGUACCGAGUAGUUCUUAUUCUCGAUCAUAGAAUAAAUCAUGUGAAAC